AAAUUUUGAGAUUUUAUCCUACGAUUGCAGGUCCAUUGUUUCACAUGGGAUGGUAUCAUCUGUUUUACCAAUAUAAUCCUGAUUCAGCUGUGUGGGGGAACAUCACAUGGGGCCAUGCAGUAUCAAGGGACAUGAUUCAUUGGCUCUAUCUACCCAUUGCCAUGCUUCCUAACAAGUGGUACGAUAUCAACGGUGUAUGGACUGGAUCUGCCACGAUUCUGCCAGAUGGCAAAAUCAUAAUGCUUUACACGGGUGACACCAAUCAGUAUGUGCAAGUGCAAAACCUUGCAUACCCUGCCAAUCUAUCUGAUCCACUUCUUCUCGAUUGGGUCAAGUAUGCGGGUAACCCGAUCUUAGUGCCCCCGCCCGGGAUCGGAUCCAAGGACUUCCGAGACCCGACCACGGGUUGGAUCGGGCCGGAUGAAAAAUGGAGGGUCGCAAUUGGGUCAAAGAAAGGAAAAACGGGCCUUUCGUUAGUUUACACAACCAUCGAUUUCAUCAACUUUGAGCAAAAUGAUCACUACUUGCAUGCAGUUCCGGGUACGGGUAUGUGGGAAUGUUUAGACUUUUACCCGGUUUCGAUAAAUGGGUCUAAGGGUUUGGAUACUUCAGUUAAUGGGCCAUAUGUUAAGCACGUCUUAAAAGCUAGUUUGGAUAACGCAAGGGUAGAUAGUUAUGCAAUUGGGACCUAUUUUGUUGAAAACGAUACAUGGGUACCCGAUAACCCGCUUAAGGAUGUGGGUAUCGGGUUGCUUUUGGACUAUGGAAGAUACUAUGCUUCUAAGACUUUCUAUGACAAAGAAAAAGAGAGGAGAAUUCUAUGGGGUUGGGUCAAUGAAACUGAUAUAGAAAGUGAUGACUUAAGAAAGGGUUGGGCUUCUCUUCAGACAAUUCCAAGAACAGUGUCGUUUGAUAACAAGACUGGGACUAAUUUGCUUCUGUGGCCAGUGGAGGAAGUAGAAAGCUUGAGACUAAGUAGUGAUGAAUUUGAAGGAGUGGUGGUUAAGCCUGGCUCUGUUGUGCCACUAAACAUAAGCCUAGCGACACAGUUGGACAUAUUUGCUGAAUUUGAGAUUGAAUGGUUGAACUCCGAAAGUAUUGGUGAGAGCAACAUAGGUUGUGGAAGGGGUGGUGUAGAAGACAGAAGUGCUUUUGGACCAUUUGGUCUUCUGGCAAUAGCAGAUGACUCACUUUCUGAACAAACCCCAAUUUAUUUUCGCCUUUCUAAUACUACCACUUUCUUCUGUGUUGAUGAAACAAGAUCAUCAAAGGCUUCUGAUGUUGCAAAGCCAAUUUAUGGCAGCAAAGUUCCAAUCCUUAGUGAUGAAAAAUUAUCAAUGAGGGUAUUGGUUGACCAUUCAAUUAUUGAGAGCUUUGCUCAAGGAGGAAGAAUUGUGAUCACAAGUAGAAUUUACCCAACUGAAGCAAUAUAUGGAGCUGCAAGAUUAUUUGUAUUCAACAAUGCAACUGACAUAAACAUUAAGAUCUCCUUAAAGAUUUGGCAAUUGAACUCUGCUUUCAUACGUCCCUUUCCCUUUGAUCAAAAUCAAUGAAGAGUGUUUAUUUAUAUUAUUCUCAUUAUGAUUAUGAUGAUGAUGAUUUAUGUAUUGUUAUUGACACAUGUAGAUCAACAAUCAUUCAUCAAGUUAAUGAAUUUUGAUUGAACUA